AUGUUUAGUUCUUUAGUUAAAAAGAUCACAGAAAGUCCCUACCAGGAUUAUUCAAACUUCCAACGCACAUUUGAUUCCAAUAACAACUUCAAUAACCUUCUUCGUACAAAUUAUGCGGCUGCAUUUGGUGAAAACUACAACUUCUUCCAAGACAAGCAAGUUGAAGACAUCAAGCAAGUAUACAUCAAACUAAAGCCAAUCGGAGGUGAAUUACUUGAGUUACACGUUGGCCAGAUGGACUUCUUACAAGAAUAUUCACUUUUCUGCCAUGAAUUAAAGAAAAUCCUAGAGACACAGAAUGCUAAGCUUGCUGAAAAAGAAAAUAAAGAAAAGAUUCAGCAGAAAAUGCAAGAUAGAUUAGAUUCCGAUCAAAAGAAGCUCGAUACAGCUAAAUCCGCAGGAAAAACCGAAGCUGCAGCCAAGCUUGAAAACACUGUUUCUACUGAUGAAGCUAAUUUAAACGAUGCAAAGGCAAAUGCUCAAAAAGCUGAACAAGAUUACAAUAACUACAUGGAAGAAUCGAAGACAAAGUUCCCUGCCCUCUUCGUUGAUAAGACUAUUUCACUAGUUCGUAAAUUACAAGCAUCUUCGCAGAAGAAUAACCAAAUUGGUAGUAAAAUACUUGAAGUUGCUCAGCAAUUCCACGACUUCGAUGAUCCAAGCUCUAAGGCAUUACGUGAUCGCUUGGAAUUGUGGAAUCAAACAACAGUUUAA